UUCACGUCUUGGAGUCACUUCUGUACCUCUUUUCAUCAAACAUAAACACAGAGCCUGAAAUUCCCGACCUUUCACUAUUUUCUACGGUCUAAAAAUAUUGUAUGCGUCUUAUUACCUGCGGCAAGAAUAGCGUAUGAAACUACAACGCACCAAUCUAUUGAAAAUUGCAAACAGAAGGUCAGGCAGGAGAAAAGGGUGCUGGUCUAGCUUUUUUACCUUGUUACAAAAAUGGACUAUUAUAGUGAUUUGGAACGGAAAAGUAAAUACAUUGAUAUUUAUGAGAAAGUUAUUUAUUUGGGGUUCUAGUGAAUGCGUUAUUAUUGUUGGAGUACAAUGUCACUCGCGUCUUUACAAUGCGGCUGCUCUCUGUAUAAACUUUCACACAGUCACACGUAAAGUUACUUUAGCAGAGCUCUCGAUCUGUGCCGUUUUUAUUGGAUGAAAGGAGACGGAAAGCCGACUUGACUUAUUAUUUGCCCCCGUGCAGUAGCCAAUCGCAUCGCUUUUAAUCGCUAUUGUCAUCGAUUGAUAUUAAAGCAGUGCAUACAGAGAGGAGUGGAGCGGCUGAAAACACACAGAGGCACAAGGUGAGAGGAGUCCAAACAACCUGGUCUACUGGGGGAAAGAAGCAUGGCAGCAACGGACCACACGGCGGCCAAUUGCGGCCCCAGUCUCUCCCGCACGGCCUCGCCCUCGGGAAGCAUGUCUCCACACUCCGAUCACACACCGCCACAGCCUUUGAAUGACAGUACAGCGCAAAAAUCUGAGCCCAAUACAUCGGAAUUAAUGAACAGUAAAAAUAUGACUUUCUCGCCAGAACAGGUGGCAUGUGUGUGUGAGGCGCUGCAACAAAGUGGGAACAUAGACCGUCUGGCCAGAUUUCUAUGGUCUUUGCCGCCCAGUGAGUUACUCCGGGGGAGCGAGGCGGUCCUAAAAGCCAGGGCCAUCGUUGCUUUUCACAGGGGGAACUUCCGAGAGUUGUACGCUAUUCUAGAGAGCCAUAACUUUGACACUGUCAACCACUCCAUGUUACAACAACUUUGGUACAAAGCACAUUAUAUGGAGGCCCAAAAAAUCCGCGGACGACCUUUAGGGGCCGUAGAUAAAUACCGAUUACGGAGAAAAUACCCCCUCCCUAAAACCAUAUGGGACGGGGAAGAAACAGUAUAUUGCUUUAAAGAGAAGUCCCGUCAAGCGUUGAAGGAGUGCUAUAAACAGAACCGCUAUCCCACCCCUGACGAAAAGCGCAACUUAGCCAAAAAGACUGGUCUCACAUUAACCCAAGUUAGUAACUGGUUUAAAAACAGGCGGCAGAGAGACAGAACACCCCAACAACAUCACCAACAACAGCAACAACAGCAUCAACAACAGCAGCCACAGCAUCUGAGAGGAGAUAUGGGCCUCGGUGAAGAAAACAUGAACCUGCAUCACCCAGUUACCCACGCCAAUGGUCAUCCUGGUCCGGGACACCAUCACCACCAUCACCAUCACCAUCACCACCACGGCCAGCCGGACAUAGGGCGAGAGCUGAAUUUGUCUACGAAAAUGUUAGAGGACGCUCGGGCGAGCGCCCUGGGUGCCAUGCCCCUGAUAAAAAACGACCACGGCAUUCCACCGCACUACAUGUGCGGAGGGUUAGGCCACUCAGUUUCCUCGGUGUAACCCGCUCUGUGUGAAAACCUUGAUUAAGAGAUUUCUUAUUACACGACUUUUUUUUUCCUUCGUUGUUGAAUUUCAUUGUAGCCUUUUUGUUCGAUUAUUUCGCGUAACAAGCGGCAUAUUUUUUAACGUUUUGUAAAUUGGUCUGAGAUAUUUUAAAUGUGUCAGAAAUAUUCUGCGUCCUUGGUAUUUUUUUAAGAACUUAUUUUAAAGAAUAAUUUAAUUCAGUGUUACCAUGACGAUGAAAGUGUUUACACUAUAAAUGUCUUAAGUGUGUAAAUAAUUAGUUCUGGGAUAACAUUUAUCCUGAAAAUUCUAUUUAUAUAAUACGUGUGUUAGCUUAGAGAUAGAGAAAGAGAGUUUAGUGGAAAGGGGGGGUCAGCGGGACAAUACGUCUUAUAAAAACCAUACCAAACGUUGUCCGUUCAGAAACAAUUAUGGAGCGAAGAUGAAACAUAAUAACCAAACAAGUUUUAUGCUUAUACCUUUUUUCAUUUUUAUUCAUCUAUCCAUUUAUUAAACCUUUUUUCGUAUUACUCGUUCGGUUUUCGUGGACAGUGAUAUAUAUAAAAAAACCCACAGAGUAAAUGCUGAAUAUACGCGCUUGUAGGUUUCAUAUUCGCCCUAAUAUAGCGCAGAUAUGUAUAAAUUUACUGAUACUUGCAGGUUUCCAUAUCAGGUGCUGCAAUGCUUGGUGCUAUAAUUCAAGAAGGAACGUAGAUAGAAAAAUUGUAUAAAUUGGAUGCCAUAGCACUCUAAUUACAUUAUCUUCCUAAUCAUAGCAACUACUGCAAUUCAAAUAAAUUUUUG